AUGGCUCACUUGGCUGAUGACUUUCCUCCCCGCCCCACGGAAGAGACCCCCGGGGCGGACGCGGGCACCUACCGGAGCCGGGGGACCGGCCGAGGCGGGGGAGAGGUCGCCGCCGCCGCCGCCGCUCCGGGCAGGCGGGCCGUGCGCGCUGUCGCAACGGGGAUGCUGCUGCUGCUGCCGCCGCCGCCGCCCGGGCUCUCAGCACCUGCCCCGAAGGGGUCCCCGCGCAGCAAGGGGGCCGCCUCCCCGCCCAGCACAUCCGGGGGGGGGGGAGAGGAGGGGCGGCGGCGGCGGGGGGGCCGGGGCGUCGGAGGGGCUCCAGACGGCAGCGGCGGCGGCUCUUCCGCUCGCCUCGCCCGCGCAGCCGCCUCUCCAGGACCCAGACGGGCGGACCGCAGCGCAGCGCGCGGCUCGGCCGGCCGGGGCUGCAGGCAAAACCCGGACCGGACUCCGGGCUGCCCAGCGGCCCCCUCUGCCGACGGGCGGCUCGGCCCCCGCGCCCCGAGCAGCGCCCAGCCUGCUCCGAGCAAGCCCGGCGCCUUUCCCGACGUGCCCGGGGAGCUCCGGGUCUCCCCGGGAAGGCCGCGUGGUCGUUCCCCGGUCUGGGCGGCGGGGGUCGCCGCUCCCCACGUGCACGCCCUCGACGCGCGCGGAGGCUUGCUCUCCCGCGGCCCUUCCCCUUUAAACGCCCCCCCCCCUCCAGCGAGCAGCAAAACUUGGAAGCGGCGCGAGUUGCGGGAAGAUGGACGGGGGGGGGGCGGGCGGCCUCGGGGCGUCCCCGCGAAGCCCCACCCGCGAGGAUCCCCGGCUCCCCACAUGAGAUGGGGCGGGGGCCGCAGAGCCCCCCCCCCUCCCGGCCGUCUCCUGAGCCCGCUUCCGAGUGCGGAAACGGGCCCGGAUCGCCCGUGCGGGGUGUUCGCGCGCGGGGUCGGCGCGGCCCCCUCGGGGGAGCCGGAGGGGGCGCUUGGCGACCCCAUUGCUAGCAGCAGGCUCGACGCCGGGAUCGACCGGUGCUUGCUGCGGACCGGAUCGGGCUCUCCCCCGGGGAGGCGGCAGCCUCGCGCCACAACUUUUUCAAAGGCCCCCCCGUGCCUUCGAUAG